AUGAUUGACGCCUCAGAUAACUGUGCCCAUAAAACGCUAGUUUCCUCAGAGGAUGUGAAAGUCAGAGUUUUUCCACGCACCAGAAAACAUGGCAAGGGGUCAACAGGCCGGUCAGGAGCUCACUGAGGUGCUGAACGAACUCUGGCGGCUGGACAGCAACCGCCUCAGGCCGGGGACUGAUUACACCAUUUCCCUUCAGGGGAGGGCAGGUUAUGUGGCUCAGGGCAGUAACUAUGCCAGAGACAGGGCCAGCGCUCCACUCUUCGCAUAUGUCAAUGAGGACAAGCUCAAGAGUAUCGAGACAUACGCGCAUUUCAUCAACCUGCUGGACAACUAUGAGAUGUCCACAGGUGUGUCAGAGACGGUCACCUCAGAGGAGCUCCAGGAGAACAGGCUGUUCAUCGACGCCAUAGUGGAGACGGACGUCAUGAAGUGUGCUCACAAGUAUCUGGUCAGGAAGAGACAGUCACCAUCAGAUAUUACACAGUUCAAGAAACAGCUGUAUGACAUCUGGUUCCGCCUCUACCACAGGGAGAGAGGUGGAGGUGAAGAUUCCUGUGGAUUUGAACAUGUGUUUGUUGGAGAGACCAAAUUCGGCCAGGAGAUCAUGGGUCUGCACAACUGGGUCCAGUUCUACCUGCAGGAGAAACACGGCCAUGUUGACUACAAAGGUUACAAAGCAAGAGACAACAAAGACACACCUGAUGAAGAUGACCAUGUCCUGAACCUGCAGUUCAGCUGGAAGGGUUUGGUGAAACCGGUCGGCGGCUCCUUCAUUGGUGUCAGCCCAGAGUUCGAGGUUGCUCUCUUCACCAUCAUCUUCCUCAUGUCGACUGAGAAGAUGACGUCCGUGGUGGUGAAGGUGGAUGAGUACAUGCUGGAGCUGGUCGUGUAUCGGCACGGGCGAUCCAUCGGCACGUCCUUCCCUAAACUGCUCAGCAGCAACAACAGAGAUUUGUAAUACUUCACUACACAGGCUGGAUGCUUUUGUUAAACUUAAUUUCUACGCAGUAUAAUCUCAAAACAAACCUGGAUCGGGUUCUCUUUGCACUAAACGUCAGGGUUUAACUAUCUAUAAAGCUUAAACAUCCUGAUCUGGAUAAUGAAAGGAAUAUAAAUUGUUAUUAAACACAUUUCUGUCAUAUUCUGUUUACUAUUGUGGAGUAAAUAAAACUGUCUUUGCUUUCAAA